UCCAAUUGCCUUUUCUCCUUUUAAAAGCUCCUUCCCCUCCCCACCUCCUCUCCUCAUUCGUCGGUUUUGUCCUUUCGUCUCAUUUUUGUUGUAAACGUGGUGAGGACCAAGACUUCGUAAUGUCGUCGAAGGUUUCGAGGGAAACGCUCUACGAGUGCGUAGAAGCGAUUUUGAAACACAGUGAAGAAAAGAAGAGGAACUUCUUGGAGACUGUGGAACUGCAGAUUGGUCUCAAGAAUUAUGAUCCCCAGAAGGACAAGCGUUUCAGCGGCACUGUCAAGCUGAAGCACAUUCCUCGUCCUAAGAUGAGCGUUUGUGUCUUGGGUGACCAGCAGCAUUGUGACGAGGCCAAGGCAAACAACGUGUCCUUCAUGGAUGCCGAGGCUCUCAAGAAAUUGAACAAGAACAAGAAAGCUGUCAAGAAACUAGCCAAGAAGUAUGAUGCCUUCCUUGCUUCCGAGUCGUUGAUUAAGCAGAUUCCCCGUCUGCUUGGUCCUGGUUUGAACAAGGCUGGCAAGUUCCCUGGUCUGCUCACCCACCAGGAGUCGAUGAUGGCAAAGAUCGAUGAGGUCAAGGCCACCAUCAAGUUCCAGAUGAAGAAGGUUUUGUGCUUGUCGGUUGCUGUUGGCAACGUUGGCAUGAGUGCCGAUGACCUGGCCCAGAACGUCCACUUGAGCAUCAACUUUUUGGUAUCCCUGCUCAAGAAGCACUGGCAGAAUGUGCGAUCUUUGCACAUCAAGUCAUCCAUGGGACCUCCCCAGAGAUUGUACUAAUUGACAAAAAAUACAUUGCUUUCUUCUAAAAAUACGAA